GUGAUACAGUAUACCAAAGCCUUUAAAUUAGCAUUAGCAAUAUAACAGAUUAGUUUGGGAGUUUGACUAAAUAUUUUUCCCGUGAAUCGGCGUUGCUGAUAUAUACUAUAAAGUGGCUGAUAAGCUGGGUUAGCUAGAUUGUGAUAGUGGGAAUUGGGAAAAUGUCGGAUUUUUUACUGAAUUUUUAUUCCAACAUUGCCGCAACUGAAUAAUUUAAAAUAGAAAAAACAGGAAUCUAUAAUCAUUCCAUUGAAAACCUUCGACAGAGGUCGCUGACUUGAUCAUCAUGACAUUUCUGUAUCAAAACUUAUUUCCAUGGUAUGCAACUUGGCAACACUGCAAGCGACUGGUCUGCGCACAGGGUGUGGAAACGGAACACGGCUUCAAAAUGAACAUUUUUAUCAACAUGUCAACAAUUGUUGACGUUUCAAAUUUAAUUAAUUUUAAGGUUAUCUUUUACAAAAAUAAAGGAAAAAUUAAUUUUUAAAAUAAUUUAAAAUGAACAGAAGCGAAUUAACACAUUUGGACGUUAACAAAUUGUUCGAAGAACGCAGCAUAGAUGAGAUUAUUGAAAUAGAAAAACUUUUAGAUGCGGAAAUCGAAAGGAAAAGAAACGAUUUGAGAUCAAUGGUUGGGGACCGUUAUAAAGACAUUCUGGCAGCCUCCGAUGCAAUAAAGUCAAUGAAAACUAUAUCUGAAAAUAUUGUGUUCAACAUUGAAGAAAUCACUAAAACUUGUGAAUUGUUAAUUGGGACAAAUAAUUCAAGCACACUAAUAGCAGCUGAAGAUACCGAAAUUGAAAAACAAAGAAAUGAAGAAAGAGUCCUACUAAUACAAGUGAGACUUGCAAUUUUUUUGAAUGAACAGAUUUGGGUGGCACUUGAUAGUGGUAAUAAUUUAGAUGCUACACAAUAUUAUCUUUUGGCACAACAUAUUUAUAUGGGCCUAAAUUUAACAAAAAAAGAAUAUUUAGGGAAGCUGCCACUAUUAGAUCAUUUAAAAUUGAAUUUAGUCACACUUAGGACAAAAAUAUUUCAAAAUGUUACAGAAAAAUUGGAAUCUGUAGAAAUAACACCAGAGGAAACUAGUCAAAAUCUAAAUGCCCUUAUGCUAAUAGAAAACCAAACAAACGACCAACUUUUAAGUAUAUUUAUAAGACACCGAAAAACAGCUUUGCAAACAGUGAUAAGUACACAAUACUCUAGUGUGAGGCUUCAAAUAGCUGCUAUGGUUAAAUGUCUCAUAACUACAGUACUUUUGUUACAUGAUUGUUUUAUAUAUAAUGACAGUAAAAAUGGUCUUUUAUGGGAAGAACUUAAUAAUAUAGUUGGAGAAAAUGCCGCCUAUACUCUGUCAAAACUUGAAUUACCAGUUACUCCUUUAGUUUCAUACAUUCCUGAUAUUAUCAAACAAUUUAGGCCAAAAUUAAAAAUGUCGAAUACUUCUGGACAAGAAAAUAAACAAGUUGAUAGCAAAAUAGUUGAGAGUUGGUUAAAAUCAACCAAAGAAAAGGUGCAAGAAGGAUUGAAGAAAAAUUUACAACUAGUCACGACUGUUAAGGGUCUAUUUUUGGUUAGGGAAGAAUCACUAAAAAUUGAAUUGCCCGAUUCAUGGAGUAAAGUCUGCGCCGACUUACAAUUACCAGAAAACUUUAACAUUUGGUACUAUUUUUUCCAAAAAUUAAUCACUUCAAGAGCAGAAAACCUUAUUUCUACUAUUAUUAGGAAUAGUUUGCAUGAUAUUAAAAAUGAUAUAAGUGCAUCACUCAAAAACGGACUAAAAGUUGGUAAAAGCGAACUGGAUUUGAGGUGGUACGCUUGGAAAGAGGACAGUGGGGAUGUUAGCAAAUUUGAAAAUGAUCAUACAGGUCUUACAAUGAAAACCAAAGGUUUUUCCCACUCUGUGGUAAACUUAUGUGAAAAACUCGAUCAGCAAUUUUUGGCACUAUUAGAAGACGUUUCGCAGUAUUUGCAUGGCACUGAAUACAAUGCAAUGUCCAGUAUACCAUAUUUAUUGAACGACUACAAAUUCAAACGGAAAUUUAUCGACAAGGAAGAAUUAGAAAAUCAUUUAAUGUUAGAAACUAGCAAAUAUUCAUUAGAAAUCCCAAAAUACCUCAUUGAUUUCCUCUCAGACGAAACUGGCACGGACUUAGUAGCAAAAUCGCUUUUGUCUGCAAGAUUUCUUCAAGCCAGCUGCAGUCUUUGCGCUAGUUUCCAAAAAUGUUGCGAAUUUGGAAAUGAGCCUGGGGAAUGGCGAAAAAUUUGUGAUACAUUCACAAAAACUAGUCAUAGUUUGUGGAUGAAUUGGGUGAAUAGCACUGUGGCAAAAACUACAGAUGAAGUGACGUCUUUGAGUGAUGUUAGCCCAGAAAGUAUGAUGGAGUUUUUGUCAAGAUGGGACGAAAUCGAAAUCCAAGAACAAACCGAGGAAAAAAUCUUCAAAUCCCAAAUAAAAGUCCCUCUAAAACCCAGCAUUCCGUUAACCAACCUUUUAGUCCAACUGAACCAACACCUCAGCCAAAUUUUGCCUUACACUUUACCAAAACCUAUACAUGUGAAUUUCAUUGAAGCCAACAUCAACGUAAUUUUGAAGGAAUACGAAGGAAUUGCUUCGAAGGAUUUGAAUCAGAUUCAAGCCUUACAAUUUCUUUUGGAUGUAAGGUUUCUCACUACUCUGUGCGUCCCUAGGGAGAAUUCGCAAAUGGUGAAUUUCGCACAAAGCAUCUGUGAUAAAUUACGAAGUAAAAUUGAUCCGUUUGAUUUGGAUGUUUUUUAUUCGUAUUUGCAAAAUAACGUCAGGAAGGCAAUAAGUCAAUCACAGACUUUGUUUGGAUGUCUUUUGCCCUCCACUACCCAAUUGAUGAACCUGGGUACUUACACCAAAAACAAAGAACAAGAACUGAAUCCGUCAUUAAUGGCUUUUAGUAUACCUUCAACUAAUGCUUGGUUCCCACUUUUACCGAUUACAGUGCCAUCACAAAAAUUACCUGGACAAACCAAGCCUGAAUUUACAGAAACUCUACCAAAACCGUCAAAGUCAACACCCAAAAAGACCACUCAGGAUCCAGCAUCGAUGAUGCGACAAGGUGCAGUUUCUUUGUUCGGGAAUUUUUCGACCGAUUGGUUUUCGUAACAUUAAAAUGCCAUGUAUAUAAUUCUUUUGUUUUUUUUUUAACAUAAAAUCUAUCAUGUGUUAUACUUAGGCUGUUCUUAAGAUGUACAUUUUUUGUUAUUUAUAUUAUAAAAGUUUCGUACUUGUACAGUGCAGUAUUUGUUGUAAUAUAUUAUUAUUUAAUGUUUACAAUGUUUUUAUGUUGUAGAGUAAUUUAACUAAAACAUACAUAUUUUGGACUAUUUAUAUAAUAAUCUUGCUGAAUUACAAAACUAGAAUUCUUAUGAUUAAAUUAUCUGUCAAUUAGGUACAUAUUAUUAUAUUGAUAUUAAUUUAA